GUGGGUGACGGGCGGGCGGGGUCGUAAGGACAGCGAGGAGGCAGCAGGCUGCGCAGCGGGAAGGCCUUGCACCAGCAGGCCAGGCGCAACACCAUGGGCAGCAGCAGCGAGCACCACCACCACCACCACCACCAACAGCAGCAGCACCACUACCAGCAGCAGCAGCAGCAGCAGCACCAUCACCACCACCAACAACAAGAUGACAAGAAACAGACAUACAACCUCUGCUGGAACGAGUUCCCCACCAAUCUGCUCUCCUUUUUCAAGGAGCUCCGGGAACAGGAGGAGUUUGUGGACGUGACCUUAGCUUGUGAGGGUCAACAGGUGUCUGCUCACAAGGUUGUGCUCUCUGCCUGCAGCCCUUACUUCAGGUCACUGCUCAAGAAUAAUCCAUGCGAUCAUCCUAUAAUCAUUCUGAACGAGGUUGGUUACAGUGAGUUGAUAACCCUGCUGCAGUACAUGUAUCAUGGGGAGGUGCAGAUUGUUCAUGACCAAAUCACCGAGUUCCUUCGGACAGCCAAACUGCUUCAGAUCCGCGGACUGGCCGAGGCUGCCGCAGCAGAGUCCCGCUCGCGGUCUUCACCCGAGUGCAGACGCGAGAACGGCCCGACCCGCGAGGCGGCCACUCCCACGCCCAAGAGAGAGCCAGUGGAGCCUGAAGAGGAGAGUCGGCCCCCAGAUAGUCCACAAGUCAAACGGAUCAAGCUAAGUAGCAGUGUUGGUCCAGUGCCUCCUUCCUCGCCUUCACCCCACCUGUCAGGGGACCCGAGCCCCCCAGCUCCCACGCCGCCUAUCCCCAGCCUGCCCCUAAGCAUGGCCAAUAUGGCUACCAUGGCAGGUCUGCCCAACUUGCCGCCCAUGGGUUUAUCUGGCGCGUCGCUGCCACUCUCCCUGCCCUCCUCCAUCACCGCCCUCCCGCCCGUGACGACCGCCCACCCUUCCUCCAUCCACCACGGCCGCUCCGCCCUCCACACCCCCACGCCCACCAACCACCAACCUUCCUACCACGGGCUGUACCCCAGCAUGGCGUCAGAGGACACCCAGGACACCAUGGGCAGUGACCGCUCUGAGGACCGCGACAAGUCCCGCCACGACGACGACGACUACGACCACGAGAGUACACUCGACAAGAUGUCUGGCCUGGCCAACAUGGCUGCACUUAAAGGUUUUGGGGGUUUCCCCGGGCCCUCGGGGCUGGCCAGCCUGACCUCGGCUGCCCUCGGCUCCAACUCCGACAGCAACCCCGGACGUCCACGGUUUGAUUUCUACCGAGUACGAGCGACGGACCCUCGGCCAUGCCACAUCUGUGGUAAGAUAUACAAAAACGCUCACACCCUGCGCACACACAUGGAAGACAAGCAUUCCAACUGCAAUGGAUUCCGGUGCGUACUGUGUGGCACUGUGGCCAAGUCGCGCAACUCCCUCCACUCACACAUGAGUCGCCAGCAUCGCGGGGUCAGUACCAAAGACCUUCCCCUCCUGCCUAUGCCGGCUCCAUGGGAUCCAGAAAUGGCUGCAAAGUACAUCCAAAUCGUAGGUGGUGUGGGUGAAGUUGUCAGACAGAAUUACCGCCGCCCAGACAGGGAUAGCAACAACUCUGGCAGCGACAACGGGUCUUCGACAUCAACGUCACGAGAUCGAGAAGCCGACAACACCCCAACCUCCCAGGAGAAUGGUGGCCUGUACCUUAAAUCCGAUCCUGGGGGCCGGGAUGGAGAAGAUGGGAUGAAGGAGAGGAGGCCGUAUGAUGUCAUCAGCCGUCACCUGGAUAUGUACACAGGAGCGAAACCUCCAGGGGCCUCACUUCUCGACACAUACUUACAGAUGAUGCGUGCCUCUGGGAUGGACCUGUCAACGCCCUUGGCAGAUAGCAUGCUGGAUGAGAGGAAGAUGCUUCAUUCUCGGCCUAUAGGUGGCGGCGUACUAGACCUGACCCGGCCUGACUUGAUACGAAGUAGCACUUCCCCACGCGACGAAGAUAAUGGUGGCCCCGCAUCAGAUGACUUUAGCGACGAUGAGUUUAGUAGUAUGCAUACAGAUGGUCGGGGAGCGCGGAAGCUGAGCGGAGGAGCCACUGUAGUGACUGUCACGCCUCGCUCCCCAGAGCCCUCUGACCCCGAGGAUGAUGCGAAGUGGGCAGUGCAGUAGUGAUCCACCACAUUCCGCCGUGCAGCGUCACACAGCAAUCACAGCCGUGGUACAAAUUACACAGUGGAUGCAACAGACUAGAUAUAUGGGCCAGUGUGACUCAGUGCCUGUGUUGGGCCCGCCGCUGUCGCCAGUGAACCGUCCUCAACCAUGCCCAACUAUUUUUGCCAUCUGUCCCAUAAUCAUACCCUCAACUCUACCUCUCAAGGAUAUAUUUAUUUUCAUCAUUUAAAUACAGAAGUAAACAAAACAAAAUUAGUUGAAGCUGUUACUCGACCACUUCAACGUUAGCAGUGUUUUGUGAUAUUUAAUGACCGACUGGUCUUCCCCUGUCAUCUAUACCUAAGCAGCAGGAGCUGUAAGGCUGCCUCCGGGCAUGGUUGAGAGCGGCACACGUCUUCAGCAGUUGUCAGUUCUCAGGGACUCGUCGGGCUUCACUCCUUCCUGUAAAUACUCUUCUCACUCAGGCCGGUGGUGAUGCAGGUGAGCGUCCUUCCACCAGGCCCCUGGCUCACACGCCCACACGUGUGCACACACAAUGCACCAGGAUUAUGUGCACGUAACAGACUUAUGCAGCCGCCUCUAUGUUAUGGUUAACUAGUUGGUGCCCUCUUUUCGGUGCUGUUAUUUUGGAUUAAGAUUUUUAACGAGGAAGCUUGAUGUAAAAUGAAGUUAUGUUAACUCAUGCUCUCUAAGCUGGCAGAUAAUGGCUCUGUUAAUACCAGCGCAAAUGCAUCAGUAAUUUCUCGCAAAUCAUUUAAAAACUAUUGCACCAACGGGCGCCCAGUGUUGCCAUAUCACUAACACUUUCCAUGGCGGCAUCAUCUCGCCUAGUUUAAGUAACUGCCUGAGAAACAGUAUCUCAGGUUAAAUUCACUGGUGCAUAUUGUAGCUCCAUUCGGCAUCAUCUCAGCAUUCCUUUAGCAGCAGUUUCAGUUAUAUUUUUAGGCUUGUACACAGAGAUGGACCCAUGACCUUAUGCCCAUAGUUUGUGAUGUGAUCAUGGAUUUUAAGCCUUCUGUAGUUUCCUGAUCAGUAACUCCUCUCUAGAAGAAAAAGGAUAUGAUUGUGGAGACACUCACUACACAACGCUAAAAAUCACUGUUCUCAUCAAUUUAAACAUGUGUUGUCCUUGACUAUUAACUUCUACUCAUACUACUACUACUACUACAAAUUUGAUUUGUUUUGGUUUGUGUCUGUGAAUUCUCCGUCCAGCCAGGGUAAAGUCCCCACCUGUACAGACGGCUUGAGUCAGGUCUCUGCUCAGUACAAAGUUGUCAGUGGCUGAGGCCCAAGCUGCCCGUCUUGAUCUCAGUGUAAAUAACCGCCACAAAACAGGCAAAUGAGUCCCUCUCCUCACCCUCUAUAUAUUACAGAUAGUCAGGUAGUAUUUCAGGUAUCAGAUCCCAUAUUGUUAUUUUUGUAAUGUGUUUACACAAGGUUCUCAGCCAUUCCAGUCGUAUGGUAAACUGCUCUGUCCAAGUCAUGUCAGCAUUUUAAGUGCAACUAGUCAAGGAUUCAGUAACAGAAAACACAAUUGGUGUGCUUUUAGGAUGCACUUCCACUAUGCUUAGCAGGUACAUUAAAUAAGCGAUAAACUGUAUAUUAACCUAUAGAGAUAUAUAACACAUGGCCUGCGUGGCAGUAGAAAAUGUAGUGUCUACCUCAUAGUUUAGCGGGUAUUUGUGGUGAUGCACGCGUGGGUGUUAUCCACUAUGGUCCCUGGACGUUAUGCUCGUGCUCUCACGGGCACCCAGCUGGCAUCCCGGGGGACCUGAUGUGGUGAAACUUGGGGCGGAGAUAGGUACUGGCACGCCUGCUAACACUAUACACCAGAGAUCAGUGUGGGAAGAUGUGAGGCGUAUGGUGAUGGUGGGCGUGACAGUGGUGGUACCCGCGUGGUGGUGUGUUGCUGCCCCCCGCACAGUGUGUCCUCAGUGUUGGGUAGUGUAGUGUAGACUAUAGCCAUAUUGUUAACGUAGGUAAGGCACCGGUAGUUGUUGUUGCAGCAGCGGUGGUGAUGAUGCGGUCCGAAUUACUGACACAACCGUGAUGUGAUGGGUGAUAAGGUAUGUGUACCAUGUGCACCGUGGUUAAACACACCUGCAAAGGCCGCCUAUAUACUCGCACACCGAUGCACACGCCCAUCACUGCAUGCCCUCGGAUCUAAGAGUAGGUUCCAGAGCAAUGUAAUUGAGUCAGCCCAAGACAAUACUUUUAUCUAGUUUUCUGUCCAUUCAAGAUGAUGUCCGAGAGUUAAACCCCCAUAAAUAGCUAGACUACUAUGGUGCUCUAACAGGAAGACCUAGAUGUCAAAGAGAGAAGGGCCAGAGUUGUACAUUAUUUGCUAGACAGCAUCUAUGCAAGAAGCAGAGAUGGCAACAGUAGGCGGUGGUGUGUCCAGGGUGGUGCCUUGGCAGCGAGUCAGGCCGAGCCAGGUCAAGAUGAAAUCAUGACCAACCUGCUAUGUUCUCAGCAAUUCCAGAGACCCAACCCGCACCCAGCCUCAACCCCGAACCAAUAGCCUUUUCCUCAAUCCAUAUAGCCUCAUACGCCAAUAUCCCCCAACCCAUAAUCCUGCAAGCCAACUGAUAUACACCAUAACGCCCCAAUUCCCCAUCCUGGGUGAUGGGGGAUGGGCGCUCCAACCCAACAGUAUUUACCGCCAAGGAGUAUUGACCCCAACUUAUAACUUAACAGUGAGCCAUGCAACCACGUCUUUCCAUAGAAGUAUUACUAGCCGUGUAGACCAUAUAUGAGGCUGGGGCGCGCUGGGUUGGCCGUGAUGGUGCUGGAAUAGGUUAGUGUUCUCCGUGAGAUGCUCUUGAGUAGGGAUGAUCAAGGUGGCGACCAUACAACAAGACAACAUUUGUGUCUCUAACCUAUAGAAAAUGACAUAGAAAGUAAGUUUACAUUAAUGGUUCUAUAUAAGGUUAUCCUAGGGCUACUUAUCUUCUAGGAUGGUACUGGCAUGCUUAGAGCCAAGGUUUGGUUUGAUAGAGCGGUAAUAGUGUCAGCUCUGCACAGUUCAAUGGUGAAUGAACACUACGAUGUUAAGCAAGAGAAUGGUGUCAUGGAUCAUCUUUCACAAACGAAUUACUACUUUUAGGUUACUCUUAGUUUAUCAUCUAAGUUAUGGUCAUUUAAUUUAAGCAUAACAGAUAUUAUUUUAUAUUUGUUGGUAUUACAAUUGUUAUUUUACCGAAUUAGCAGCAAUGCAUAUUUUUGUAGCUUAAGUUUACAAGUUCCUAGAUAUUAGCCAUGUCAAGCUCAGAGGUGUCCGCAGGAGAGCUUGGUCUACUAGUCUACACAAAUAUAUUUAUCCAUUGUUGAAGAAUGCUAUGUUACCAGGAUACUAGUUCCAUAUCUCUAAACAUUUUAUAUGUUUUAUACAUACAAUAGUUAAAUAUUUUAGUUUAAUCUAGGUAGCAAGAUGGGAGCUAUUAUAUUUCAUAAGGCGCCUGAGUGACGUGUGGCCGCGGACCAAGCUCUCCUGUGCCCCUUACCCAAGUGAUCAUUGUCCGAAUUAUGCAGCUUCCAAUGUUUAUAAUUUGCUACAUUACCAGGCCCUCUGACGGCCGCCAAGAUAACUAACGUGCCAAGCAACCAUGUUAUUAAUAGUUUCAAACAUUUAUUUUUCAGAAUACUCUGUUCAUUUGUUUAUUUUUGUCUAUUAUACAUGCCAACACGGUAGCAAGAUUUUGCAAGUCGGGUCGGCUUCCUGUUGCCAGUAAACAAGAAGGUCCGGAACCUUCAUAUAGACACUAUGUUAAGCGUUGGAAUAUAGCAGAAUGUAGCAUAUAUUGUUUAAAAA